UGCAGAAUAUUAUGCAAGUGAUAAGGCAUAGGCUGGCUUUGGAAUUUUGUUGAUGCAUAGUUCCUUAGGGAAUCAUAUGAUGAAAUGUAUGGUGUUUACAUGAUAUAUUUUGGAUGCAUCACUGCUGAAGUUAUAGCACAAGAUGCCUCUUUUAAAGCCCAAGAUGUUGUCAUAACAAUGAUGAUGGAUAUCUAUCUGCUCUGUGCUGAUACAGUCCCCAGCUUUACUGUUGCAUCCAUAUCAGCUUCUGAAUAAGGAGACAUGCAGAACAUGCAGCAUGGAAGUAUGUCACUGUCAAGACUUUUCUCUUUGUUUCAUCAACUGAAGGCUCCAAUUCACCAGAAAAAAUGUAUUUAUCAGUUUGAAAUUAUUACUGAAUUGAGUACAAAACUUGUUGGCAGAUAGAUUAUAUUAUAAUUCUUGGGAGAUUUGUAUCUUCUUUGCAAGAAUGGAUCAACAUUUUUGUCAGACCUGCUUGUAAAGGUGGAAGAGUGGAGCACAAAAAGAUUGAAAAAGCCUCUGCAAACUUGGAGACCAAAAGAAAAUAUUGUUGCUGGAGGAUCUCUCGAGAGCAUCAAUUGCAACGCCAUCCCAUUGCUUCCCUCUUCUCCUGCCACUCUAAUUUGUAGCUCCAUUCUCCUCCUCGCUUGCGACACGCACUGAUUUCAACUAUUCCGCCGUCAGCUUCUCUCACGAGGCCUUCCAUUUCCUCCUCGAGCACCGUAGAAGAGAGGAGCGCGAUGAAGAUACUGUGCGACGUGUGCUGCAAGGAGGAGGCAUCGGCCUUCUGCUGCGCCGACGAGACCGCCUUCUGCGAAGCCUGCGACCUGCGUGUGCACCCGGCGAACAAGCUGGCCGGUGAGCACCGCCGCCUCUCGCUCUCCGCCCCCUCCGCCCAGUCCCACCCGGUCUGCGAUAUCUGCCAGGAGAAUCGAGGGUUCUUGUUCUGUCAAGAGGACCGGGCGAUUCUUUGCACGGAUUGCGAUGUUUCUGUUCACAGCGCUAAUCAUCUCACCAUGAAGCACAACAGGUUCAUCCUCACCGGCGUCCGGCUCUCCGCCGCUCCCGUCUCCUCCUCUCCCUCCCCUGUUCCGGAGGCUACGGCGGCUAAAGCUGCGACCAAAACCAUCAUGACCAUGAACAAUCAAACUACGGCAUUGGUUGCAGAUGUUUCCUCCCCCAUGACUUUCACCGGCAGCAGCACGACGACGGUCACCAGCAACAUCUCGGAGUACCUCAUCAAGAUGUGCCCGGGCUGGCGCGUCGACGACCUGCUGGUCGACGACGAAGGUUUCGCCUAGGUCUGUCGCCAUGCAACUGCCUUUUGCCACCUGGUCUCCAAGCAGUUCCGCGUCAAUCCACCACAAAAAUUGCAUCUUUUUCGCUCGAAGAAGAUAAAAAAUCGGAUUUUUCUGGCGCAGGCGGACGAGCUGCUGCGAUU